AAUUUAAAAAGUCUUUACGUUAAGAAUCUGAUGUUUUUGUUUACAUGUGAUAGUCAUGUGAUCAUGAGUUUUUGAGAAUCGUAUGUCUUCUACAAAUUUUCCUAUGAAGAGUAGUAAAAAUCCUUUCAUCGUAAAAAAAUCAUGGAUCAAUUAGUAAAACAUCGUACGAAAAUGAAUAAUGUAAAUUCUUUUAGACCACCCAGUGAAAGAACACCGCUUUUACAUGCAAUGGGAAAUUCUCCAUUAGUUCUUUCAGCUGAUCAUGGCAGUUUUGAAUCUCCAAUGUAUAGUGAAAGUUUCAACUCAACUUAUGAAAAUCUUAAUACAAAUAGAAAAAUAUCAGUUGGGAUGUCGAAUCUUUUGUCACAGAAAUAUGAGAGCUUAGAUUAUGAUAUAUGUGAGAAUACUUUGUUUGCAUCAGAACAAAUUGAAGAACAAACUAAAAUAAUUCAAGGAACCACAAAAGGAUGUUUACCAUUUUUCCGCUGUUUGGAUUAUCUGACAAGCAUGUCGAUUUUAAGAUGGUUUAUAAUCUGUAUGAUUGGAAUUCUGACUGCAUGUGUUGGUGUUAUUAUAACUAUCUCCAUUGAAGAGUUGUCAAAUUUAAAAUUUAAAUUUAUCAGAGAUCGUGUGGUUGAGUGUACCACAUAUAGCUGUUUAAUAACACCUUAUUCCUACUGGUUAUUGUUUUCCAUUCUACCUGUUGCUCUUGGUGCAUCUUUAGUUGUUUUUGUUGCACCUGUUGCAGCUGGGAGUGGUAUUCCUGUUAUAAAAUGUUAUUUAAAUGGUGUCAAAGUACCAGAAGUUGUUCGUUUGAAGACAUUAAUAGUUAAAGCUCUUGGGGUAACAACAUCUGUUCUUGGUGGAUUGGCAUGUGGAAAGGAAGGCCCAAUGAUACAUUGUGGAGCAGUUAUUGCAGCAGGAAUUUCACAGGGGAAAAGUCAAACACUUCGUAAAAACUGCAAGAUCUUUGAACAAUUUAGAGAAGAUCAUGAGAAGAGGGAUUUUGUUUCUGCUGGUGCUGCUGCAGGUGUAGCAGCUGCAUUUGGAGCUCCUGUUGGUGGUGUGCUUUUCAGUUUAGAAGAGGGUGCUAGUUUUUGGAAUCAAAGCUUGACUUGGAGAAUAUUUUUCUGUUCAAUGGUGUCAUAUUUCACAUUGAAUUCUGUCAUGAGUGAAUACCAUGGCUAUCCUGGACAACUUUCAUUUCCUGGUUUAGUGAAUUUUGGACGGUUUGAUAAUUUGGAUUAUACUUUUAAGGAGCUUCCUCUUUAUAUGGUCAUGGGUGUUAUUGGUGGUUUACUGGGUGCCUUGUAUAAUCAUGUAAACUAUAUGUUGACAGUGUUUAGAAUGAGGUAUGUGAAGCACCCUGUAGCUCGAAUUCUAGAAGCCGUCCUUGUUAGUGCCUUUGGUGUUACUUUAGCCUACAUGACUACUUUUAUUCAUUUUUGCAGUCCCUAUGACCAAUCAGAUGUUAAGUUUCCCAUUCAACUUGAUUGUGAAAAUGGUCAGUUUAAUACAUUUUGGUCUAUAUGGCUCCAAACACCGGAAGCUUGCCUUAGAAGUUUGCUACACGAUGAUGAAAAUACGUGGCAUGUAAUGACUCUCACUAUAUAUUUCUUUGCUUAUUUACUACUUGGAUGCUGGACUUAUGGAUUAAGUAUAUCUAGUGGACUUUUUAUACCCACUCUGGCAGUAGGGGCUGCAUGGGGAAGAUUGUACGGGAUUGCAGUUACAAAGCUUCUUUUAUAUGUUGGAUUCCCACCUGAGGCGCUUUGUUAUUCAAAGUUUGCUAUUGUUGGUGCUGCUGCCACACUUGGUGGUGUAAUUAGAAUGACAAUUAGUUUGACUGUUAUUUUAAUGGAGGCGCUUGGAAACAUCACAUUUGGCUUGCCCAUUAUGCUUUGUGUAAUGAUCUCUAAAUGGGUCGCAGAUAUAUUUAAUGAGGGGCUGUAUGACAUACACAUUCAAUUACAAAGUGUCCCUUUCUUAGGAUGGGAACCUCCUCCAUAUUCGUACACAAUAUGUGCCAGCCAAAUCAUGAGCUAUCCUGUGGUUUGCUUGAAAGUAGUUGAAAAAGUUGGAUUCAUUGAGCAUAUGUUAAAGACAGAAUCUCAUAAUGGUUUUCCUGUUGUUGAUAUAACCGAGAGUUCAUACGACAACGUCCAUACUUUCGGAACAUUCCGAGGGAUGAUCUUAAGAUGGCAGCUGAUUGUAUUAUUGCAACACAAGGUUUUUGAGGAAACUAAUCAUAUUGAAAAAUUGACGCUGAAAGAUUUCAGAGAUUCAUAUCCUCGCCAUCCCACAAUACAGCAAAUUCAUAUUUCACCUUGUGAACGAAAUUUCACUAUUGACCUAUCACCCUUUAUGAAUUCAUCUGCUUACACCAUUUCGCACAAAGCAUCCUUGCCGAGGAUAUUUAAAUUGUUUAGAGCUCUUGGAUUGAGGCACCUUCCUGUUACCGAUGAGAAAAAUUCUGUUGUCGGUAUAGUUACUCGCAAGGAUAUUGCCCGUUACAGAGCAAAGCACGGAAAGUUUGGGGUAGAAGAACUCCAAGUAUCCUACGCCUAAGAACAAACAGAGCUUUUUGUAAAAUUGAUGUAAUGAUAUUUUAAAUUAUUCUUGCAUUACUUUAAUGUUAAAUGCCAACAUUUCCUUUUGUGAUAUCUUUUUUACUUACAGUAUCUUUCACUGACAAUAUAUGUUUUUAGUUAAGUUAUUGUUUUUAGUUAUUUUUUUAUGAAUAGUACACAGAUUUUACGUCAGUGGACAGAUUUUACGUCAGUGGAAUAUAUUUUGACUGCAUUUUAGAAUUAUAUUUGUGUAUUUUUGAGUCCAAAAACUAAAAAUCAAAAAAUUGUUUUGAAAAAGAACAAAAAGAAAUUAAAUAUUAAAGUUUGAAAAGCUAAGAUAUUUAUCAAAAAAAUUAUUUUUCUUCUAUUUUUAUCACAAGAUAUUUUUUAGCAGGAAAUUCUAAACAAUAGUAUCCAAUGUAUAUAUAUUUUAAUUGUAUCAAGGGCAUCAGUAUGUAUAUAUAUAUAAUUCCUCUAAUAAGUUGUUCUUUACUGUAAUUCACACUUACUAAUAUGUUUUGAAAAAUAAAAAUUUACUCUUAACUCCAAGACCUGACUAAAUUAAGAAUCAUAGACAUCAUAAAUUAAGAAUCGAAAACAUAAGAAUCGUAGAACUUGCUCUUUUAAAAGUAUUUUAUAAAGUAAGUAAGGUAAGUUUCUCCUUAAUUGGAACAGUGGAACUACAGUUCCUCCGGUAAUGUGAUACAAGUAUAAUAAUUUAUAUGAAACGAAUCUAGAACAACUCUGGCACUAAAUGCUUUAAAACGCAGAACAAAGUGAUUAUUAAAUAAUAAGGUAUAAAAAAAUUUAAAUUCAGGUAGUGGCCUGUGAUGUUGCUCCGAAGGAAUGCAAAGUGUUAUAAAAUAAAUUUUUAAAAAAUUGACAGUUAUAAUUAAUCUACAUGCCUGUAUAUAAAUUGUAUCAAAAGAUUUUAUUUUUUAUAUCAAAGCAUAGAAUGCUAUUGAAGGUGAUAAAGUGUACAUAUUUUUGAGAUUUUAUUUGAGAUUUCAUUUCACUGUAAUUUCCUCUUGUAUAGUAGGAUUUAUAAUUGUGCUUGUACUGAUGUAUGAACUUUGUGAUAUUCAAAUUAGUAUAACCAAUAAUGAUGCUUCCUGGUUUUUGAACUAGACUUUUUCUGUUUAAUUAACAGUUUUGAAAAGCUCUCAAAUAUUCAGAACUAUGAGUAUUUAAGAAUUACUCUAUACAUUUUAUAAAUUGAUGUUAUGUUAGUCAUGUGAUUAAGUAUUAAUUCUUGUAUUUAAAAUGUAAAUAUGUGUUUUAGAUAAAAUGUCUGUGUUUCAUUAAUCUAAAUGACUUAUAUUUCAUAUUAUUAAAGUAUAGUAGUUAUAAUGUCAAAUUUUUUAAAAUUUAUUAAUGACUUUUAAUUUUGUUUUUUAGUAAUAAUUUUCUUUUAUUAGGGAAGCUUAAAUAAAUGUUCAAAAUUGUUUUUUUAUCAUUGCACUUCGUUAAUUAUUUAAGUGGCAAUAAUUUUGUACUUUUUUGUUUGCAAAUUCCAUUGAGUAUUUUUCAAGCACAACUGUGAAUGUUAAGUGUAGUGAUCUAUGUAAAAAGAUACAUAAAUAAAAUCAUCUUUAUUUCGCC